CAUGAAAAAAAAAACACUUGGGAAUCAAAAUGGACGGAGUGUAAUGGCGUUCGUAAUUGUUACAUAGUGGUGCGAGUUUUACUGCAGUUUUAAGAGUUGAAUCUCAUUAAUACGUUAGAAAACAGUUAAAGGCUUUGCCCUUGUAGUAUUACACAGUAGCUAGCUUUAUUCUAUAGGCAUUUUAAUUGAUCCCAGUUUCUUAGAAUAUGGUAUCCAUUUUGUGAUCACAGAUCAACCUUGUUGUGUGGCGUUUUCGAUUAAGAUGGGCACAUCAGAUAAUGAUAGUACUCUUCAACACCAAAUUAUUAUAAUUCACUCUUAAAAGAGUGAUGGACUCAUACAAUUUAUUUGGUGACGAUGGAAGCGGUAUGUUGGAAGGACUCACUGAUCUCGGUGGAACAGACAGCUUUGCAGGUAGCUCAACAUCGGGUGUAACUGGAGACAAUAAGGAUUCUACUGACAAUAGUUACAGGCAACCUUAUAGUCAAGGAAGUGUAGGCCAAGAGAGUUCAAUUCAGAAACUGGCUUCGUUUGGUGGAGGAAGUGCUGGGGGGCUAAGCAGCAGCGCGCAACCUGUAACGAACCCUGGGGCGGCACCGUCUGCCCCGGAAUACCAUGGCUAUGGAGAGUAUCCGCCCCGUCCGCGCAUGCCGCAGCCGCCCCACGCCCCGCUCCAUCCGACUCACCAUGUACACCCGUCGCACCAGUACCCGGGGUACCACCCGGGGCCUGACCCCAUGUAUGGCAUGCCAGAGCAUCCAGGUAUUGGAGACAUGGGAGUUUGGUCGAAUGCCCCAGCUCCUAACAGAUACGCACCGAUUACGCCGCCAUACAGAAAUUACGAACAUCAGCAAAAAAUGCAUCAAUAUCCUACUCAACAGGCUUCAGCAAUAGGAGGAAUACAAGCCCAAAAUGGUGCAUACUUGCCCAGACAACCACAUUUUUCACAACCAACAUCACAACAAGUUUAUGGACAACAGCAGAAUUAUCCAAAUUACACGCAGAUGCAUCCACCGGCGGCAUCUAGAAUUAGUCAACAUCCCUCUUAUCACCAGCAGAUGGAUGUCAAUCCUCAUCAGUAUGGGUUACCCCUUGGUCAGCAAAAUCAUGGGACUGUGCCACAACAUCAACCACACCAAAACAUGUCAAGCCACUCAAGUGGCAUAGCUCCCGGCAUUCAAGGACAUCCAAAUGUUCAUCUUCAUCACGGAGGAGCGCCACCGCUUCAUCAUGUGGCGCGCCAACCUUCGGGACCUCCAUCCUCGGCUGCACCUUCGCAUCCAGUUCCAUCACAAAUGCCUUACGGCUCACCCCAUCAUUCCAUUUCUAUGAAUUACCAAUCACAUCAGGUGCAGCAUCCUCUAGAUGUGAAUGUCACUAACCAGUACAAUGCGCCUAAGCCUCCAGGCAUGGAUGCUGGAGCUGCUCAGUACCGCCCUCCCUUUCCUCCUCAACUAUCUCCACAAAUGUCGCCACGAUCACAAAUGUCUCCACGGCAACAGCAGCAACAGCAACAACAGCAGCAGCCACCUCAACUAUCACCCCGUCCUGUGAUGUCUCCAGUGAAAGGGCCAAGUGCGUCGCCUCAUGGUCCUAGAAACGUGGUUCAAUCACCGAGUUCGGGUGGACCACCACCACCAACAUCUACGCCAUUUACAACUCAAAACACCCUUCAAGCACUUGAGCAAAUGGUUUUACCAGCAGGUUCAGAGUACUCAUACCAACGCAACCCGGCGUCACCGGCUGUCCCACAUGUUGUUUCGUCACCUACGCAGUGGAAUCAAAACAAGAUUCUUCCGCAACCUUUGAACAACGUAGUGCCGGUUGAAACCGAGCAACCUGCAAAACCUGGAGAUCCGCCACCAACGCAACCGCCACUAUUAGCGGAAUUGAAUAAGACCAAACCUGUCGCCAACAUGGACAAGGAUAUGGAAAAGAAAAGCACUCUCGGUCAAAAUUUGGCGGAAAAUGAUAACCCUUCGCAUAUAUUUAUGCCGCCGUCAAGCAUAAGUAAUGUUCCUAAAGAGAGUGUACCUGUCAAUACAUCUAAUGCCAGCCAUACUAUGACACCAAACAUUGCUCAUUCGCCAAGUGUGUCUGAAACACCAGAACCACGUGAAAGUAAUCAGUUAGGACCGCAUCUGUCUAGCGAAAACAAAACUGAACCUAUUGCUGCGCCUAAACAAGAAGAAAAGCCAGAGGCGGUUUUAGGCUCAUUUGACACAGAACAAAAAUUGGAUACAACUUCAAAACCAGUAGAAAACAAUGUUAGAAAAAUUAAUAACGAGCAAUCGAUAGGUCAAAACCCGCAAUUGACCCAGAUCACAAACAUGAACAAUAAACCUAUUGAACACUCGCAGAUACCUUCACAAGUAACUAAUUUAUCAAAUACUUUGAGUCAUCCUCCCAAUAUGGCUACACCUACAACAAAUCAGUAUUUGCCAGACAAUCUACCUCCGCUAAAUAUAAACAGACAACAAGGGUUUCCACCAAGCAGUCUUCAAAAUGUUCCUGGUAAUAUGCCAAAUAUAUUGCCACCAGGCAUUCCACCUAAUGUACCAUCUAAUGUGUCAACUAGUAUGCAGAGUAAUACCCCCCAUAGUAUUACCGCGAAUUAUCAAAGUGGACCCAGUGCACUACCUCCUGGUGCACAAGCAGCUUCUAAUGGGCAACCCAGUGUUACAACUAACCAUUCAUUGCAACAUGUGAAUAUGACAUCAAGCACUAUGUCACCCAGUUUACCACCACAUAAUACUCAGGGUAAUUUACCUUGUAUGCCACCCGUUCACCCGAACUUACCAGGAAAUAUACCACAAAACUUGCCUGGUGCUACAAGUAAUAAUAUUCCUAAUAUGCCGCCAAACACACCUGCAAAUAUUCCUAACGUGCCAGGAUUGCCUAUGGGAGUACAAAAUAUGCAUCCAAACAUGGGGCCCAAUAUGCCGCAACCUAAUCAACCAAACAUGAUGAGUAAUUUGCCUCACAACGUUAAUCCUAAUAUGAUGAUGUUGGGCCCAAACCCUAUGCCGCACCAUCAUAUGCCAGGUAUGUAUCCAUCAUCACAUCAUCAAGAAAGGGCAUCACUGCAGCAGCAAAUACAGGAGAUAUAUUGUUUGCCUCCGUCAGCCGAAAACCAAGAAAAAGUAAGGUGUCUUCAGGAAAGAUUAGCCUUUUUGCAGCAACAUGAAACAAAUGAUAAAUGUAACGGUGGUCCAAAUUGUGCUAUACAAAAUUCUGUAUACGGAUCUAAAAUGGUGGAGAGCCCACAAGUUACCAGUACAACAGGACGAGGAAGAGGUAAAGGUCCAGCUAAACCUAGAAAACCUAGAGCCAAAAAAGAGAAAUUGAUUGGUGCAAUGCAACCUCUUGAUCAACUUCCAGUAUCUGAAGAUUGUGUCACAGCAGGUACUGGACUGAAAAAUACCUCUGAGAUGGAUAUUGAUUUAACUGAAGAUGUUACAAAUUUAGACAGUAGUGCCCUGAUGAUAGAUGAUCUUAAUGUAGGCAAAGUGAAAAAAUUAAGAGGUCCUCGUAAAAACAAAGAAAGAAAGCCGCGAACUCCCAAAGAACCCAAGCCAGAAAUGGGUGAAAAACCAGUUAAAGAACGCAAAAAACGUCAACCUAAAGAUCCAAAUGCUCCGCCUAAAAGACGCAGAAAUGCUAAAAAAGACGGUUCUGAUAUUCAAGCAGACACAACUACUAAUUACGAUUUAUCGGAGAAAGACCCCAACGAUAGUAAAUCAAUAGAUGCUUCAAUGAACCAAAGUUUCAUGAUUGUCGAUUCCCUUAAAAAUCCACAAGAUGGAUCAACUGCUGAUGAAACGAACGUCACUGAUUUCGACGAUAUUCCUGUAUCAAAGAUAGCAAUUAAAGAUCUUUUGGAAGAAGCAGAGGCUAAAAGAGAUCUAGAAGAUAAAGACGAUGAUUUAGAUGCUUUUAAUCCUAAGAAGAGGACAGCGAAAAAACGGUCAUCUGGAAGCGGAAGUUGUAAGAAAAUUGCGCUAAAAAGAACUCCCGGUGGAGGAAGAAGAAAGAAACGAGGUGGAUUGAUACCGGAUUCGGAUGGUGAACCUGAUGAUUUAAUGUCUACACCUCCACCUUCUCCACCACCUGAAGGUGAUGAUAGUUUGAAACGAAGAUCAGCAAGAAAUACUCAACGUAAAAAAUACACUGAUGAUGUUAUGUUGCGUUUGUCAGACGAUGAAUGUUUGGGAAUACCUAAUACGAAACAAGAGAAGAAAUUUGAUUCAGAUGAUCUACUUAUUAAUACCAAAGAUAAUAGCAGGUUGGAAGGCACUCCUAAGCCGAACUAUAUUUAUAUAAAUACAUCUGAGGAAGACACUAUGAUUGUUCAACACGUACUCACUUGUCGUAUGGGCAAAAGAGAACUUAAAAAGGAACCUCCGCCACCUGUCGAAGCUGAUCCGAAACCGGAUCCGGAGAAAUCAGAAGAGACUGCUGUCAAUGACAACCCUGAGGAGGUCAAAUCAGAGACCGUACAGUCUGACGCGACUGAAUCAAAGAAUGAUUUUCAAGAUGAAAAUAAACCUGAAGAAAAACAAGAAACUGUAACGAAAACAGAAACAGUGCUAAAAGAAGAAGAGCCUAAGGAAGAUACUAACAAUUCCGAGAUUCAAAAAGAAGACAAUGAAGUAAAGGAUGAAAAACCCGUAAUUGUUGAUGUUGAAGAAUAUUAUGUUAAAUACAGAAAUUUCUCUUAUUUGCAUUGCGAGUGGAAAACAGAAGAGGAGUUGUAUAAGGGCGACAAACGCAUAUUUUCUAAAAUAAAGAGGUUUAAGCAAAAACAAGCCCAACAACUGAACAUUUUUGAACUACUGGACGAGGAGCCCUUUAAUCCUGACUAUAUAGAAGUUGAGAGAAUCCUAGAUAUGUCUGAGCAUGAAGAUCCUGCAACGAAUAGUAAACUGAAGUACUAUUUAGUUAAGUGGAAAAGUUUGCAAUAUGAAGAUAGCACUUGGGAGCUGGAAGAAAACAUUGAUGUUGACAAAAUUAAACAAUAUAAAAUUUUUAGCGACAUUCCACCAAAAGAGAAAUGGAAAUUUAAGAAACGCCCAUCUACAGAUAAUUGGGUCCAGUUGAAGGAAUCUCCGCUAUAUAAAGGGGGUAAUACUUUGAGACCAUAUCAGUUAGAAGGUCUGAAUUGGCUUCUAUUUUCAUGGCAUAAUAAUCGCAACUGCAUUUUAGCAGACGAAAUGGGACUUGGCAAAACUAUUCAAAGUUUGACAUUUGUUAAUGCCAUUUGGGAGUAUGGCAUACGAGGCCCCUUCCUUAUAAUUGCUCCACUAUCUACCAUUCCUAAUUGGCAAAGAGAGUUUGAAGGCUGGACAGAUAUGAACGUAGUGGUUUAUCAUGGUUCACAACAAAGCAAAAGCAUGCUACAAGAGUAUGAAUUUUAUUACAAAAAUGAUAAAGGUGAACCAAUUACAGAAAUAACAAAGUUUAAUGUGUUAAUCACGACUUUUGAAAUAAUAGUAACAGAUUUCCAAGAACUCAAAACAUUUAAUUGGAGAGUAUGUGUCAUUGAUGAAGCACAUCGAUUGAAGAAUCGUAACUGCAAACUAUUAGAGGGAUUACGACAGCUGCAUUUGGAGCACAGAGUACUAUUGUCAGGUACUCCACUGCAAAAUAACGUUAAUGAAUUAUUCUCCCUAUUGAACUUUUUAGAACCCUCUCAAUUUGCUAGUAAUGAUGCAUUUUUGAACGAAUUCGGGCAACUAAAAACUGAGUCAGAAGUGCUCAAGCUACAAGCCCUAUUAAAACCUAUGAUGCUAAGAAGAUUAAAGGAAGAUGUUGAAAAAACACUGGCCCCUAAAGAAGAGACUAUAAUUGAGGUGGAACUGACGAACAUACAAAAGAAAUACUACAGAGCUAUUUUAGAAAGAAAUUUCAGUUUCUUACAAAAGGGUACUGCUUCUGCGCAAAAUAUACCUAACUUGAUGAAUACUAUGAUGGAGCUUAGAAAAUGCUGCAUUCAUCCAUAUUUAUUAAAUGGUGCUGAGGAUCAAAUACAAUUUGACUACAAACAGACUUAUGGCGAAGACGAUGAGGCCUACUACAAAGCCCUCAUUCAGUCAUCUGGUAAAAUGGUCUUGGUUGACAAGUUACUUCCUAAACUGAAGGCAGGCGGACAUCGUGUAUUAAUUUUUAGUCAGAUGGUAAGAUGUCUUAAUAUAUUAGAGGACUACCUUGUCUUUAGACGUUAUCCCUACGAGAGAAUUGAUGGUAGAAUCAGAGGAAAUCUUAGGCAAGAAGCAAUUGAUAGAUUCUCAAAACCUGACUCUGAUAGAUUUGUAUUUUUACUCUGUACUAAAGCGGGAGGACUCGGUAUCAAUUUGACAGCUGCCGACACUGUUAUUAUUUACGACAGUGACUGGAAUCCACAGAACGAUCUACAAGCUCAAGCUCGUUGUCAUCGUAUUGGCCAACAGAAAAUGGUUAAGAUCUAUAGGUUGAUUUGUCGCAAUACAUAUGAAAGAGAAAUGUUUGAUAAAGCGUCGAUGAAACUUGGAUUGGAUAAAGCAAUUUUGCAAAGUAUGAACACUAUCCAAGGAAAAGAGACAGGGCUUAAACAAUUGUCGAAGAAGGAAAUUGAAGAUCUCCUUAAGAAAGGCGCUUACGGCGCAGUAAUGGAUGAAGACAACGCUGGUGACAAGUUCUGCGAAGAAGACAUUGAGAUGAUCCUGGCGCGGCGAACACAAGUCAUUCAAAUGGAAUCCGAAAAAGGAUCAACGUUUUCGAAAGCUAGUUUCGCGUCUACUGGUCAGCGAUCUGAUAUUGAUAUCAGAGAUCCAGACUUUUGGAACAAAUGGGCGAAGAAGGCUGAAAUUGAUACAACAGAAAAGAAAGAAGAUGAAGAUUUGAUUGUUACAGAGCCCAGGAAACGAACUGUUAUCAAGCGAUAUGGACAUGAUGACGGCACUGUAGAAAUGUCAGAUAUGGAAGUGACUCCAGAUUCAGAGGAAGACGAAGAAGGUAUCAGCUUACGAAGUAAAAGAAAGAAAGAAAAACUUGGCAGAAAGGGUAGACGAUAUGCAAGUGACGAAUAUAUACCUCGUCACGAGGGUGUGCCGGUGGACGAGGAGGUCAACUACGGAUCUUGGACUAGAUCAGAGUGUUUCAAGAUUGAAAGAGGCUUACUGACAUUCGGAUGGGCGCGGUGGGACGAAAUUAUUGACAAAAAUCAAUUUAGAAAAGGUUGGACUCUUCCUGUGAUAGAAGAUUGUGCCCGUAUUAUCGUCCUGUAUUGCCUGCGGCACUACAAAGGGGACGAAAAGAUUAGAAAUUUUAUUUGGGAUUUAAUUGAACCCUGUGAAAAUGGAGAAGUAACAAUAUCUCGAAAUCAUAGUGGCCUUCAUAAUCCUGUUCCACGAGGCAGAAAUGCAAAAAAGAAAAACCGGCCCAAGGACUUACCAAAACCCAAUGAUGUACCAAGGUGGGAAGAUCCUAACCACUGGAGUUCGAUAGAAAAAUAUGACUGUGAGGCAUAUUUGGAAUCUAGUUAUAAGAAGCAUUUGUUUAGACAUGCAAACAAGGUAUUGCUGAGGGUUCGCAUGAUGUAUUAUAUUAAACAUGAAGUUAUUGGUGAUUAUGCCACCCAAAUUGAGAGCGGAAUACAUGCCAGCUCGCUGGGCAUGCGUGUGCCGCGGGGCGUGGACAGCGCGCCGCCGCGCGUGUGGUGGGACACGGAGUGCGACGUGUCGCUGCUGGUGGGCACGUACGUGCACGGUUACGAGAACUACCUCGCCAUGCGCUCCGACCCGCAGCUGUGCUACGUCGACAAGCUCGGCCCGCCCGACGACGCCGAGUGCACCGAUAUCAAGAGUGAAGAAAGAAAGGUCCACGGCAGCGCAGUCGGCGACGAAGACUGCACGGACGACGUGUCGAGCGGCGCCGGCGCCACGUCGCCCGCCGCGUCGCCGCGACCCGACGACGAGGGCGCCAGCGGCCACCAGUGGCCCUCCAUGCAGGACCUCAACACCCGUCUGCGCCGCCUCAUCACUGCUUACCAGAGGAACUACAAGCGCGAGGAGCUCAAGUUGCAACAGAAGGCUAAGAUGGAGCGCCGGGAGCGCAUGGAGCAGCUGGCCCGCGACGAGGUGUCGGCGUGGCGCUGGAGCCGCGCAGACGAGGAGGCGUUCCGGCGCACCGUGGCGUCGUACGGCGUCGAGUUCGACCCCGCCACCAAGAGCCUGCGCUGGGGCCGCUUCCGCUCCCUCGCUCGCCUCGACUCCAAGAGUGACGACGCUCUCACCGACUACCUGAAAGCUUUUAUGGCUAUGUGCAAGCGCCAGUGCGGCCUCUCUGUGGGCGAAGCGGAGCUGCCCACGAGAGCAGAUCUCAAAGCGGAGCCUAUUGGCGAAGAAAGAGCUAUCGCUACUCUCGAAAGGAUCGACCUCUUGCGUGUGCUGCGCGAGGAGGUGGCGCCGCACGGGGCGCUGGACGCGCGCCUGGCGCUGUGCGAGCGCUCGGCCGACGCGCCGCCCUGGUGGCAGCCCGCCCGUCACGACAAGCUGCUCGUGCUCGGCGUGUGCAAGCACGGAUUGGGCGACACUUACCACAAACUGUUUUGUGAUCCUAAACUACCAUUCGCCGAUUGUGCCAGCAAAUGGUACAACAGUAAUAAAAGCGGAGCAAAGAAAGCGGAGGAGAAAGAAAAAGCGUCGUCCGACGAGGACGAGAAGGGGUCAGAAGGCUCGGCUUCCGAGACGCGAAUGUCGCUCCGGCGCAGCAAGCGCACGACCAACGUCGAGCGCGACGACGAGGACACCGACGCGCUCUCCGAGCUCGAGACUCUGGCCAAGCUGGGCCGCGCGGACGAGGCGCUCACCCCCGACAUGUGGUUCACGGAGCGCCCGCUCGAGACCCGCCUGCAUCACAUCGCCCACGCCGUACAGAACUGCGAGUGGCCCUCCGCCUCCGGCUCCAAGAGCGACACCCGCAGCAUCCAGGCGGAACUACAGGAGGAGCGCAAGCAGAGUCAGAAGCGGCACAUCGCCAUCGACGUGGAGACGGAGCGCGCCAAGCUGCACGCGCUGCUGUCGUCGCCGGCGGCGGCGCACUCGGGCGCGGCGCGCGACGACGCGUCCAGCGACUCGGGCUCGCGCCGCUCCACCCCCGCGCCGCCGCCCGCGCACCAGCGCGUGGCACCCUCUCCCGCCCCCACCCCCGCACCCGUCGACCUGUCCGCGCCGCUCGACCUCAGCGAGGCGCAGGACUUCAGCCUCGGCCGCCGCACGCCGCAAGCCACCGACGCCUCCGCCUCCGCCCCCUCCCCCUCCUCCUCGUCAGCCGCCACCGCCGCCCCCAGGGGCAGGUUGGACGACACGCUCACCAAAUUGAUGAAAAGGAAAAAUGUGGCCGCGCCGGAGCAGAUUGUCGGUAAAGAGAAGAAGAGGAAGAAACUAGACGAAAUAGUGUUAGGUUUAUCGGCGGCCAAGGGCCGGGGACCGAGCACGUCGACGCCGGAGCCGCCGCGCAGCCGCGGCUCCAUCCUGCCCGACGUGACCGUGACGCCGGCCGCUCCCCCCUCUUCCGCGACGCCCCCCGCUCAAAAGCCUUUCUCGGUCACCGUCACCAACGUGCCUUCGCCGCAUAUGUCGAAGGAUCUCUCGUCAUUUUUACAACAGUCGUUGGAGCACAGUAGUAAAGCCCAGAAAGUACAGUCGUCCUCGGCAACGAUGAAAGCUUACUCUCACGAAGCUAAAGUCAACAAAUGGCUGGCGGAGCAGGCCAGCGUGGAGCCGCGCAGGCGCGGCACGACGCCUCGGCUGGCGCCGGACGAGCACGUGCCGGUUGUGCACCGCGUCACCGGCAAGCGCAUCGUCGGCCACAAGGCGCCGCAGCUCAGGAACCUCGCGCAGUGGAUCGCCGAGAACCCUAUGUACGAUAUCGACCCCAAAUGGACGGAGGGAAUCAAGGAGCAUGUCAAACUACCGCAGGACGUGCGGAGUCAGAGACCUUCGCCCAUGGCGCCCAGUAGCUCGAUGACUGAAAGAAAGAAGGGUCGACCACCCACUCUGGAUUCAUCUACGGCUAAUGUUUUGUCAGCCGGGUCGCACCUGAAUCAAAACUUAGCCGGGUUGAACCCAGCUCUCUUAGCUAGUCUGUCUAGUUUGAGUGCAUUUGAUCCAAAAACACUAGCAGCAACACUCUCCAAUUUGACAGGUUUCGACCCCAAACUACUAAAUACAUUUGAUCCUAAACUACUAUCGAGCCUAAGCAGUUUCGAUCCGAAAAAUAAUCCAUUGCUUAGCUCAUUCAGUAGCAUGCCCAAUUUAUUGGGAAACCUUUCUGGAGGUAAUAUAUUUGCCAAUUUAGCUGGUCUGGGACUGCCUGGAUUUUCUGGUUUAGACAUGAAUAGCCUCGGCGCGGCUGCUGCCAGUGAUUCUAAAUCGAAAUCCCGAAAGUCGACUGAGAGCGGAAGCGCGUCCAGCUCUAAAAAUGCUAAUUCACAAUUUCCUUUCGUUUUCCCUAAUCCUAACAUGUUAUAUCCGCAAUUGGGAUUAGGCAGUUUAAAUCCAUUCGGAAUGCAUUCGGGGAUAUCGUCAGCGUAUGAUGCGCUAGGAUUGCUUAGUAACAAUUUGGCCGCCAGUUCUGGCUCGUCCACAAUGCACAGCUCCAGUCAUGGAUCAGCUCGGGGAAGUUCAGUGAAGACUACGACACCCAGAUCAUCUACUGUCGUAACAAGUUCGGCGACUUCUCGCCAACAGAAGGUUUCAGACCGCCAACAAUCAAGUCAAUUACCUCAAAUACUUUUACCACCGGAUCCAUAUCUGCUAGAAUCACUAUCUAAGCAGUCUAUGAAUUAUGAUGUCAGUCAGUUAAAAUCAGACAAAAGAAGCAGAGAGACAGACAGUCAUGAAUCCAUGGCAACAGACUUGUCCAAAAGUGACAAGAAGAAAGUUCCAUAUGAUUCCUUAAGAUCGCAGAUGCCACCGGAAUUUGCUGCCGUGCAAGAAAAAUUGUUAAAGGGUGACAAGAAAGAUAUUGACAUUAGUAAAAUGUUAUUGGAACAAAUGGCAUCUGGUGCUUUGAGCGCCAGCCUAGUUAGCUCGGCAGAUGCGAAAAAAGUUAAAGACAUGGAGAAGGAUGCCUAUGAAAAACUCAGCAAGAGCUCUUCAGAAUAUAUUGCGAGAGCACUCGCUUCUGAAGAUCCAUCUUUACCAUUGGGGUUAAAACGGACGCAUGAUGAAAUGAGUAAUGAACCGGAAAACUUGGCUAUGCAAACACCUGAAAUGAAUUCUGCAAAAAAGGCAAAGGAAUCUGCGUCUUCAGAGUGUAUUUCAGCCAUAGAUAAGCAACAAGAUCAUCCUACGGGGGAAAUGGAUCUAGAAGACCUCAUUGCUCCUUCGACAGUUAUCAAAACUGGUGUUAAAGCCAGUGAUUUCGAAAAACACGUUCCGAAAUCUACAAUAGACUGCCCCCCUCACAUUGACAAAGAGGAAAAAUCUCAACCCAAAGCCAGUACUUAUGACAAUUCAAUGAUGCAGAGAGGUGCCGAUAGUACUCACGGUGCCGAAUCUAGCAGUAAUAUAGCCGAAGAGCAGAGCAAGGACACCGGCGCCUCUGAGGAAUCUGGUAGCGUCGACGAUACAUCAGCUAAUGACGGAGGCCGGCGAGGCAGCCGAAAAAAAGGCCGUAAGUCAUCUGAAGAAGCAGUAGCGGGGCCGCGACGUGAGUUGCGCUCGAGUGCGGGCCGUUUAUCGACAGAGUCCAACACAAAUCACUGAAAAGGAUUAGACUGGCGGUACCUAACAAUUUGCAUCACACUAUUUAUUAACGCAGUAUUGCGAGAUGUCUAAAAUUGGUCUAGACGUACUAAGUUGCAGCUCUGUUUACGUUCAUCAUGUUAUGUCUGUUAUAUACAGAAAGUGACUAGGACAUUCUCUUAUUUUCACAGGUGAUUCUGGCAUACAUAAAAUUAAUGGUUAGGUUAGAUGUAAGAAUACUUUUCUUAUUAUAACGGUGUAUGUCGCAGACAAAUACAAGCCACGCGGUGUAUAGCAUUUGAAACUGGUCAGGGUGCUUAGCCAAGAUGCCAAUCGUUAACGCUCCGUAGCGUAAUCAUCUCUCUCUAUCACUUUUUCGUAUUAGUGCGACAGAGACCGUUGCAUUUUGUUCGCUACGGAGCAUAAACGAUUGGCAUGUUGGCUACGCACCCAGUUAGCUAAACAUCGAGGAUAAUAGAAAUAAACAAAAAUGAGAGACAAAUGGAUGGUGAGUGGUGAGUGAGUGAGAUGAUGUAGUCAUUGGUAUUUUCUUGCGACAUCCAUUACUUAUAGUAAAAAUUAUAGAAGACUGGAUACUCCACGUACUAAUGACUAUUGCAAUUAUGCUAUAUAUACAUUUUGUCAUAAGAAGUAGUUACAUUUUAUUAUAUUUAUUAAUUUAUAACCAUACAAUGCUUUGAUGAAAAAAAAUUGGUAUUGUGUUCUUGUCGCAGGCAGACUCCCUAAUAUAAUAUUUUAGGAUCAAUACGACCUGUCUUGAGUUUGACCUAUCAUCAAAUGAAAUUACAAAAAAAAACUUUCAUCAUUUUGAUACUGUUGUGAUGUAAAGGUAUCACAAGAUCUCUUGCAAAAGGCAACACAUUUUAGAUUAAUUCGUGGUCGUCAAUAUAUUGGUUUUGAUAGGUAUUUUAUAUUUGAACUUAAGGUUAAGUUAGACUUCGCGAUGCAAUUGCAAUCACAUUUUAUUAUAUUGUUUAAUUAUUUUAUAGAUUGUGAAAUACGUAUCAAGCUAUGAUUUCGUUUUCUAUUUUAAAAAUAAGAGCAACACUGGAUGUGAUAAAAUUAUUUAUUACAUUGUAUUCUUAUUAAUCUUAUUAUUUUGCAUUGCUGUAUUGAUGAACUGUAAUAUAGAUAAUUAUGUGACAAAUCAUAAAUAAAUAUGAAACGGA